CUGACUCUCAGAUAGACCACCAGACUUCACGUCAUUAUCCACUACACUCCCGACUCCGUGACUUCUUCAGUAAUCAGUAGUUCAGUCUUCAGUGUCUGUUACGCAACAUUACAACAACAACACCAGUUGACUGCUUGAUAAUUUCACGGUUUAAAAUUUUAAAAUAUUUUGUGCUACUACAGUCUUCUAGGAUUUCGUUCUUUAUACUCAAUACACUUAAUAAUUUACAAUUGUUUAUAAAAACCAAAAGUAAAUAAAUUUCAAACAAAAUGGCAUCAAAAAAUCAAUUCAUCACAUUUAAUAAUGGUCAGAAGUAUCCAAUUGUAGGAUUUGGCACUUGGAAGUCAAAGCCUGGCGAAGUUGAAGAAGCAGUUAAAACUGCUAUAGAUACAGGAUAUAGACAUAUUGAUUGUGCUAUGGUUUAUGAAAAUGAAAAUGAAGUAGGGAAAGCUAUUAAGCAAAAAAUUGAUGAAGGUGUUGUUAAACGUGAAGAUUUAUUCAUUACUAGUAAACUGUGGAAUACUUUUCAUCAUCCUGAUUACGUUGAAACAGUAGUUAAAAAAACUUUAUCUGAUUUGCAAAUUGAAUAUUUGGAUCUUUACUUAAUACACUGGCCUAUGGCUUUUAAGGAAGGUAAGUUGGAAGAUGAAUGGUUCCCAAAAGACGCUAAUGGAGUUACACUUGAAGGAAACGGUUCUUACGUAGAAACAUGGAAAGCAAUGGAAAGUUUGGUUCAAAAAGGCCUGGUCAAGUCAAUUGGUAUAUCAAACUUUAAUAAGAAACAAAUGGAAGACAUACUAAAUGUAGCUACUAUAAAGCCAGUUGUUAAUCAAAUUGAAUGUCAUCCAUACUUGAAUCAAAAGAAACUAAAAGAAUUUUGUGAACAACAUAACAUAUUUGUAACUGCAUACAGUCCUUUAGGAUCUCCAGACAGGCCUUAGGCAAAGCCAGAAGAUCCGUCUUUAUUAGAUGACCCAAAAAUUACAGCUAUUGCAAAAAAAUAUAAUAAAACUGCUGCUCAAAUUUUAAUUAAAUAUCAAGUACAAAGGGGCAACAUCGUUAUUCCGAAAUCUGUGACUAAGAGUCGUAUUGAAUCAAACUUUGAUAUAUGGGACUUUACAUUGGAACAAGCCGAUAUUGAUGCAAUUGAUAGUUUUGAUUGUAAUGGCAGAGUUCUUCAUCUUAACUGGAAUAGUCAUUUCAAGGAUUUCCCAUUCCACGAUGAAUAUUAAUAUUAAUUAAAAAUUUUUCUUCAAUACAACUAAUAAUUUUUAAUUUUGUUACUAUACUUUAAAUAUAUGGCAUAUUUCAACUUUAUAGUCAAGUUAAAGAAUUUUCAUGAAUUACACAUAAUUUAUAAUAUUUUUGUAUGAUUAUUUAAACACAUUAAAAAAAAACAAUUUAUUUGCAAUAA